AUGGUUCGACAAUGGCAGAGAAAUCUACGCUCUGAAGCUCGAGGUUUGGACAGAAGCAUCAGGAAAAUCGAGCAGGAGGAAGACAAGAUUCGGAAAGAUAUCCAGGCCAUGGCAAAGCAAGGGGGCGACCCCAAGAGCAUUCAAAUGCUUGCAAAGUCUCUCAUUCGAUCGAGCAAGGCGAAGGAUCGCUUAUACACCUCUAGAUCGAUCAUGCAGUCGGCAGUGGCUGAGCUGGAGACGACUGCAGCGACGAUGCGGCUGUCAGACUCCAUGAGUAAGUCGGCAGAGGUCAUGAAGCAAAUGAACUCCCUCGUCAGGAUUCCCGAAAUGGAGGAAUCGAUCAGCUCCAUGAGGCGGGAGAUGAUGCGGGCAGGCCUCAUCGACGAGUUGAUCGACGAAGGCAUGGAAGAGAUGGACGGACCGGAUCUCGAGGUAGAGGCCGAAGCGGAGGUGGACAAAGUGCUGGACGAUCUGGCCAUAGACGCCUCUGUGCGCAUGGCAAUCUCCAAGCCGCAGGCGGUGGCAGCCCCCGCAGCUGCGACGGCGGCUGCAGUGCCGCAGCGGGCAGCGGCAGCAGCUGGCUACGCUGGCUGA